CCUAAUCACGUUUUCAAGCGGCAACCGUUUUCUAUUUAAACCCUUCUCAGCCCACUUUCAAUUCCUCCCCUCUUCGCUUCUCUUCCUUCUUCCUAUUGCAUUCUCUUUCUUUCUCGCCAUUGUAUUAGGUUUCUCAUACCGGAGAUCUGAAUCCGCUUUUUAGAUUGAAAUGGAAUACGAAAACCGAUACCGACAAGCACAGAGGCCGAAAUACGAGUGCCUUCUUUUGGAUCUGGAUGAUACUCUUUACCCUUAUAGCUCUGGCUUAGCAACAUCAUGCCGCAAGAAUAUUGAAGAUUAUAUGAUUGAGAAGCUUGGGAUAGAUAAGAGCAAGAUCUCCGAUAUGUGUAAUCUACUCUACAAGAAUUAUGGGACGACAAUGGCCGGUCUUAGGGCUGUAGGCUAUGAAUUCGACUAUGAUGAAUAUCACAGUUUUGUUCAUGGGAGAUUACCCUACGAGAACCUAAAACCGGAUCCCGUUCUUAGGAAUCUUCUGUUGAGUCUGCCUCUUCGCAAAGUGAUCUUCACAAACGCUGACAAGAUUCAUGCUGCAAAAGCACUAAGCAGACUUGGUCUAGAAGACUGCUUUGAAGGAAUUAUAUGCUUUGAGACUCUGAAUCAACCCAAAGACUCUUCUCCGUCUGAUGAAAAUGAGUCUGAGGUUGAAGGUUCAAGUCUAACUUCUAGCACUGGCAUUUUCGACAUUAUCGAGCAUUUCUCUCAACCAAACGCUGCUCUGGAUCUACUGCCGAGGACACCAGUUCUCUGCAAACCAUCUGAAUCAGCCUUCGAACACGCUCUCAAAAUUGCCAACAUCAAUCCUCAGAGAACGAUGUUCUUCGAUGACAGUGUUCGUAAUAUCCAGGCAGCGAAGCGUGUCGGUCUCCAUACUGUCCUAGUGGGCACUUCUCAUCGAACGAACGGUGCGGAUUUUGCCCUGGAGAGUAUCCAUAACAUCAGGGAAGCAGUCCCAGAGCUCUGGGAAGAGGCUGAGAAAUCAAAGGCCGUCAGGUACUCCGGCAAGGUUGCGAUCGAGACGCCGGUGACAGCUUAAGCUUUGUAUUGUUGUAGAUGGAAGGAAAAUGCAUCAGUGGUUGUAUUGUUAGAGAUGGAGGGAAAAUGAAUCAGUGGAAGAAGCUAAUCUCCUCAUUAGGAAAUCUCUUCCUUUGCUGUUAAUGAAUGUGUUUAAAUCAUUAUUUAUAAUAAAAUAAUCUUUUUUCGCUUGUAA